GGCUGAUCAGCUCAAGCUGGAGAAGAGGCAGCACUGGCUUACAUGGCACAGAUAGUACAAUAACAUGGAUCGGACAGGUGCUGUUGAACAUGCCUCAGCCCAAAGUCAAGCUGGUGGUGACGGGAGAUGAUUUUGGCUAUUGCCCUCGGAGGAACCGCGGUAUUGCUGAAGGUUUCUUGGCAGGAGGAAUCUCUAACACCUCACUGCUGGUGAACGGGGCAUCAGCAGAACAUGCAGUCCAGCUGUCACACAGACAUGGCAUCCCUAUGGGACUUCAUGCUAACCUUUCUGAAGGUCUCCCAGUGUGUCAGGAGCUGAGGAGAUCCACACUUGUCAAUAAAGAUGGCUUCUUUCAUGGCAAGAUGGGCUUUCGAGACGUUUUACAGAGUGGAAAAAUGAACAUGGCUGAUGUGGAAGCAGAGCUCAGAGCCCAGGUGAAGAAGUUUUGUAAGCUCAGUGGUCACCUGCCCAGUCACAUGGAUGGCCAUCAACAUAUUCACGUGUUGCCAGAGGUGCGAGAAGUGUUCGUGCAGGUUCUAUCUGAAUUUGGCAUUCCUUACACACGAGUACCAGUGGAGCCUGGUCUGCAUUCCUGUCAUUUUCUACCUCCAAAUCUCAGAGACUUCUACCAGCAGGUGGAAAAGGAUACGCUCCAAUCUAUAGAGGUCUUCCACCGGCAUGGGAUCAGAUGGCCAGAUGUGUACUUGGGUCUCAGCACAAUGGGACAGAACAUGUCCUUUACCAACCUCAAAAGAGCCCUGAACUUUGCUCUAGAGGCGCGCACAUCAAUAACAGCGCAGGCUGACGACCUUUGUGCAGCUGAUUCAUCCCGGCCAAUUACAGCUGAGCUGAUGGUGCAUCCUGGAUACCCAAGUCUUCCUCUGCAGGGCGGCUGUGGUGAAGGACCAGAUGAUUUCUCCCAGUCUUUAGAUCGUCUGCAGGAGCUUAAUACGCUCAGAGACCCAGCACUGCUCAGCUACUAUAAUCAGCAGGGAAUCCUCUUGUGUGCCUUCAGUGACUUCUAAUGGCAUGUGUAACCCAUGUCCUCAGGUGCUGCAUGUCUCAGAGGGGUUUGUUACAGAUGUGUCUGGCAACACCUGAGUAACAUAAUCCUUCUUUCUGGUCCUCAUGAGAUAAAUUAAUUUACAAGCCAGGUGAUGACAGUCAGAGUCUGAGCUUCUUAAGAGAUCACUGUGUUGACGCAUUAGGCUGUUCCUCAGCACUGGUUUUGGAUAAACCAUUUAAUUUAAAGUCAACCAUAGUGUUUUACAACCUUAUCUUAGGAAUUUUUACAUAUUUUCUGUACUGAACUUCUCAUUGACUUCGAUUAGAUUAUUAAAAAGUGUGUUAUCUGUUUUUAGAGCAGAGCAAUAACUGACUGUGUUAAUAUACAAAUGUGGUGAAUAUAAAUAAGAUUGAAGUGCUGCUAUAUUUUACAUUAAACAUUUUGUGAUUAAAUAUUUUAUUAAUGUAAGCCCUGGUCACAGUGGGAUUAUUUACAUUGGACAUGUUUUCCGUCCCUUUUAACUGGAAAAUAUUAGUCAGAUUUAAACUUUGACUGUUUUAGGAACUAUAAGAGUGUUAAUAUGCAAAUAAAUGAUGUAUUAUCAA